AUGCGUCUGGCCUCACUUGUCCAAAAUGAGUUCCUUGAUUUGUCUUGCUUACCGGAAACUAUCCUUUCCUUGGGAUUUCAGGCCCUAAUAGCGGCCACUGCAGAAACCUUCGCACACAUUCGGGAACUGAACAAAUCGUGCGGACAGGCUCUGACCACUUCUUUUUCAAAUGGCUUGGAUGAAAGUGCCAAUUCAGCUGCUACUUUCAAUGAGCUUGUCCAAGAGCACUUUAAUUCUAUAAACGUAAUCCCAAUAUUCAAAAAAUGA